AUUAUUUGCCCUCGUUUUUUUUAAAGCAACCACAAAUACAACGACACAUUUUAUGACGCCGCUGUGAACCGUUGAGCAAGCAAUAUAACAUAUCCCAAAUACGAAGCAAGCUGUGUAGCCUGUUUAGCUCAUCUACUCGAACCAACCGAAACGAAUUUCUUAAUUCACUUCCCUCCCCUUCUCGCAUUGCCGCUGCUAUAAAAUCCAACCCGGUGCCACCUCCUCUCAGCUCCCACAAGAUCACUUCCCAUGCUGGCCUUGCGAUAGCUUAUAUUGCCAAAAGAUGGAACUUUAUGAUUGCUUCGCCUCCACCUUGGAGCAGCCGGCCUGGAUCCUCGCCCUUUCCGCCCUCGGUCUCCUCUCUCUCCUUAAGGCCUCAAUCGCUGCCCUCCGCUGGAUCUUCGUUAGCUUCAUCCGCCCCGGCAAGAACCUCAAACGAUACGGCUCCUGGGCCAUCGUUACAGGCGCAACCGAUGGCAUUGGCCGCACCCUCGCCUUCCAGCUCGCCCACCGGGGCCUGGGCAUUGUCCUCGUCGGCCGCAGCCCAGAUAAGCUUUUCGACGUUUCCGCUGCUAUUCGGGAGAAGCACCCAAAUGCCCAGGUUGAGACCGUGCUCAUUGACUUCGCUAGUGAUCUUGUCGAGGGAGUCGCUAGGUUGAAGAAAGCCAUCGAGGGGAUGGAUGUCGGGAUCCUCGUUAACAACGCCGGGAUGUCGUACCCCUAUGCUAAGUACUUCCAUGAAGUCGAUGAGGAUCUGAUUAAAGAUUUGAUCAAAGUGAACGUAGAAGGGUUGACAAGGGUGACGCACGCCGUGCUGCCGGGGAUGGUCGAGAGGAAGAGAGGCGCUAUUUUGAAUAUUGGAUCGGGGGCAUCCACUGUUAUUCCAUCGGAUCCGCUAUAUGCCGUCUACGCUGCCAGUAAAGCAUAUGUUGAUCAAUUUUCAAAGUGCCUCUAUGUUGAGUACCAAGAUAAAGGAAUAGAUGUGCAAUGCCAAGUACCUUUAUACGUAGCAACAAAGAUGGCAUCUAUUAAGAGAUCUUCCUUCUUAGUGCCAUCAGCCAACACGUAUGCCCAAUCUGCCCUACAGUGGAUAGGCUAUGAACCUACAUGCACUCCAUACUGGCCUCAUUCCCUGAUUUGGACACUGAUCUCCAUGUUGCCUGUGGCUGUAGUCGAUAAAUGGCGCCUUGGUUUCUGCCUCCGCAUACGCAAGAGAGGAAUGCUAAAAGAAUUGGAAAAGAAAAAGCAGUAAGCUGUAGCUUUUCAAUAUCAGCCUUACCUUUUGUUUUGCUUCUUAAAUAACAACCCGGUGGGUUUAGAUUUGAGUGUCGGUCGGCUGCCAGUGAAGAUAGCUGUAGCUGCUUGACAGCAUUUUCUUCUGAUGUUCAUGACCUUUAAUCUGAAAUAUUUGGCUUUGAAGUAGUUUUGUUGAUGGUGUUCUGCUACUUUACUUUCAGCUUGGGUGGCAAGUUGUAUGUGUCUAUCUAAUUAUUCACAAGGCUUGUAUUAAGCUAUGAGUUCAACAAUAAAGAAUUUUCCUUUGAUCUUA